AUGACACCCAUUGAAGGAGAUUUACGUCGUCGUCUCGAACGCUGGGACCGACGAUUUCGACAUUUGUUCUCCAAGAAGGUUUCCCUGCCAGCCCCGCUCGAAGAGGAGAAGCUGAUGCAAGAGGGGUCCGACGUGGAUGUAAAAGAGCUGUCUGCUAAGGUUCAUGAAAUCACGCGGACACUCAAGCACCGCAAUGCGGCUAUCCGCAGGAAGAUAUCGGAGGAAAUAAAGUACGUGCAACACCGGGAAAACGUGCAAGACCGGAGAAUGUGGAAUUUUGUGAAGAGCGUAUUCACUAAAACAAAUGAAGCUGAAGAAUCCAUCCCGCAGGAGACGGACCCUGAGUUCGUCCCCGACGUCAUGAAACUUCAAGAGCGCGAGUUCCGAGGACCAGUGCAUUUCCUGGCGUUCAUGUCGGGGCCUUGGAUAACUGUCACUGUCACACCGCGUGAACAGUCACAAGAGCAACAAUCCAGCGCAUGA